CGCGACACGCAGAAGAUGCAGUGGAUCGACCGCUUCAUCGAGGAGCUCCGGACGAAUGAUAAGUGGGUGAUUCCAGCUCUGAAGCAGAUCAGGGAGAUCUGCAGCUUGUUUGGAGAAGCUCCUCAGAACCUCAGUCAGACGCAGAGGAGUCCACACGUCUUCUACCGUCACGAUCUGAUCAACCAGCUCCAGCACAAUCACGCGCUCGUCACGCUGGUGGCCGAGAACCUGUCUGCGUACAUGGACAACAUGAGGCAGUUCUCCAGAGAGCAUACAGGGUUUGAUCCUCAGACGGUUCGAGCGGGAAGCCGGUACAGCCACGUACAGGAAGUGCAGGAGAGACUCAAUUUCCUGAGGUCAGUGAUGUCUUUGUCUUACACGCACACACACACACACACACACACACACACACUCAC